AUGGCCCGCGCUCCUGCCGGCUUAUCAAGGGUCUCGAUGUGUUUGAUUUUUCUUCUUUCCUUUCUGUUUGCGGCGAGUGCACUAGUGCACCCGGUUCAGAAACCCCUAAAAGAGACUGUGGCUGCUGACCAGAGCUCUGUGAAUGUAGCGGAUGAGUUCUCGAGUGCCCCCGAUCUCGACGACAGUCAUGCGGCAGAGCCGUGGAUCUGGGAAGCGCCAGCUCCUGCGGAGACAUUGGAGAACCUUCUCAAUGCCCUCCGUGUUAUGCAAGACAAUUAUUUCAGGCUAUGGCUUGGCACGUGGCCGACUAGUAUCGAUUGGACCGCUGCUGUUCUGGGAACGCACGUUGUCGCGACAUUGUCGUCCUACACUUCUAGCGCGCUCGACAUCGUGGACGCGGAUCAAUUGCAUGAGCCAGCCUUCGUUGCACUUGAAAACACCGUCAAUGAGUUCUUUAGUCAGACAAUGACUUUCUACUUCGGUGAAAACGCUUUCAGUCUACGUAACCAAGCCUACGAUGAUAUGCUGUGGGUGGUGUUGGACUGGCUGGAGAAUGUCAAGUUUCAGGAUCUACACACGGACCUGCACUAUUCACGGUCGAAGAAGAGCUCGGAUAAGGAGUGGUAUGGUACGCAGUUUCGUCACUCGGCCGCACACCGAUCACGGAUCUUCUACGAGAUCGCAGCGGCUGGUUGGGACAAGACGCUCUGCGACGGCGGGAUGAUCUGGAACCCGAACCUGAUUCCUUAUAAGAACGCCAUUACAAACGAGCUUUAUAUAUCCGCGAGCAUCGGCAUGUACUUGUACUUCCCCGGCGAUCCUAUUGAUGCGCCGUUCGUCCAACAAGAUCAUGAUCACAAAGAUCAGUAUCCACACAACCCAACUCACCUCAAAGCAGCCGUCGAUGCCUACUCCUGGCUCACUAAAUCCAACAUGACCGGAAUAGGUGGUCUAUACGCUGACGGCUUUCACAUCAGUAACUGGAGUGGUUCAUCAAAUCCUGGCUCCGGGCGGUGUGACGUGCUAAACAAAAUGGUAUACACCUACAACCAAGGGGUGAUUCUCAGUGGGCUAAGAGGGCUCUGGCUAGCGACGGGCUCACAAAUCUACCUACGCGACGGCCACGAGCUCAUCUACAAAGUUCUCCGCGCUACCGGCUGGCCGCAGAUCUCAUCAAAGAAAUGGUCCGGGCUCGGACGCGGCGGCGUACUCGAAGAAAUAUGCGACUCACAUGCAAGCUGCUCCCAAAACGGACAGACAUUCAAGGGCAUAUUCUUCCAUCAUCUUGCAGAAUUUUGCCGGCCACUCCGGCCGUAUGAAGAGCGGUUUCUCGCUGGCGAGAAACGCAGGCCCCAUGCUGACGACGACUGGAGCAAAGUUUACAACCGCCAUCUAAAGCGGUGUCGUGCAUAUGGACUCUGGAUUGAACAUAAUGCGCGCGCGGCACUCAUGACUCGCGACGAUGAGGGGAAAUUCGGCAUGUGGUGGGGUCUUCCGUUUGAUGAUACUGUUUCCGAAGCGAUUGUCAAUAGUAGCACCCUUCCCGCGAAUGCGCUUGAUUACCGCAAUGAUGUGGAUGAGAUCAAUACUAGUGACGGUGUUCCGCGUGACUUUAAUGAUCGUGGUCGUGGCCGUACUGUUGAAACCCAGUCUGGGGGUGUCGCUGUGCUGCGAGCAUUGUUCCAGUGGCAGAUCUCUGAAAUCCUCUGA